AUGGUGGUUUUUGUGGUGCUGAAAUUAGUGCUAGUGCCACUGGCAAUCUGUAAGGUUCCUGUAAAAUUCCCCAUUAGAGAGCCUCGUCCUAUCCUUCACAAAUACUACAGAUCAGGGGACCUCAUCCUUGCUGGCAUUAUGUCCCAAAUCUUUAUAUAUCCCAGUCCAGUAACAUUUCAAAAAUGUCCCUCUCAGGAACUGUUUGACGACCUUUUCCAUUUCACUGCAAGUUGGACCUGUCUCGCUUCAGUGGAACUUCUCUCCACACAUGGCAGAUUAAUUCCCAACUACAAGUGUGAUGCCAAGAACCAUCCAGUAGCAGUCAUCGCAGGACCGAACUCUGACAUUUCUCUCUUUACGGCAGCCAUUCUCUGCAUCUACAAGAUUCCACAGAUUUCAUAUGGUUCUGCACCAAAGAUGGAAAACAAAACACAAUCUGUUUUCUUCCUCCAUAUGUUCCCAAAUCAGACCCAUCAGAAUUUGGGGAUUCUUCAUUUAUUGCUGUAUUUCAGGUGGACAUGGAUUGGGGUGAUUUAUCUGAACGAUGAGACUGGAGAACAAUUUGUACAGGAUAUGGUUCCUAUGCUAUCCCAGAAUGGCAUCUGCUUUGACUUCAUAGUAACAAUGCCACCAAUAAAAUUUUCUAAUGAAAUUGCUGAAACAUUGGCAGAGGCAGUCAAAACAUACACAUUUGUUAUGGGAAGCACCGCCAAAGCUCUGGUCCUACAUGGUGAAAUUCACACCAUGAUAAUUUUAAGAUUUUUCCUUCAGCUCCCAGAACUUGAGGAUAGAGCAGUUAAGACAACAGGUAAAAUCUGGAUUUUGACAGCUCAGAUGGACUUCACCUCACUACCCUUUCAAAGAAACUGGGACAUCGCUUUUGUCCAUGGCGCCCUAUCCUUUGCAAUUCAUUCAGCGGAGCUCUCAGGAUUCCAGAAAUUUAUUCAGGAGAAAAAUCUUACCUCUGAAAAAGAAGAUGGCUUCAUCAGGCCCUUCUGGCAACAGGCAUUUCUGUGUUCAUUCCCAACCUCCAUGGUAGACAACAAGAAUGGAGAAAUGUGCACUGGAGAGGAGAAGCUGGAGGCUCUCCCCAAAUCUGUUUUUGAAACAAUCACAACUGCUCAUAGCUACAGCAUCUAUAAUUGUGUUUAUGCUGUGGUAUGUGCUUUGCAGAACAUGCUGUCCUUCAGAUUCAAAUAUAGAGCCACAGUAUAUGGUGAGCGAUGGAAUCAUCUAGACCAACAAUUGUGGCAGCUCAACCGCUUUCUGAGAAGUAUUUCCUUCAACAACAGUGCUGGGGAAAGGAUUUCCUUUGACCACAAUGGGGAACUAGUAACUGAACUUGAUAUUGUCAGCUGGGUCACAUUCCCGAACCAGUCCUUCCUUAGAGUCAAAGUGGGAAAGACAGACUCAAGGGCUCUCUCAGACAAAACAAUCAUCAUUCAUGACAAAGCCAUUGUAUGGCCCACUGUGUUCAACCAGGCACAGCCCCUUUCUGUUUGUAAUGAGAACUGUCAUUCUGGUUAUAGCAAGAUAAAGAAGGAAGGGAAGCCAUUUUGCUGCUAUGAUUGCCUUGCAUGUCCACCAGGGAAGAUUUCAAGUGAAAAAGAUAUGAAUGAAUGUUUUGAGUGUCCUGAAGGUCAGUAUCCAAAUAAAGACCAGAAUGUAUGCCUGCCAAAAGAUAUAAGCUUCUUGUCUUAUGAAGAACCUUUGGGGAUCAGUUUGGCCACUCUUGCUUUUUGCUUCUCUUUCAUCACAGCUUUCGUGCUCAAGAUCUUUAUUAAGUACCGAGACACUCCCUUAGUCAAAGCCAACAACCGGGAACUCACCUACACUCUCCUCAUCUCCCUCCUGCUCUCCUUCCUCUGUGUUUUGAUGUUCAUUGGCCAGCCUAAGAAGGUGACCUGUCUCCUUCGACAAACAACUUUUGGCAUCAUCUUCUCAGUGGCUGUUUCUUGUGUGUUGGCCAAAACUGUCAUUGUUGUUCUGGCUUUCAUGGCCUCAAAGCCAGGAUCCAAAAUCAGGAGAUGGGUAGGGAUAAAGCUGUCCAGUUCCAUUGUCAUUUCAUGUUCCCUUUUCCAAAUUACUAUUUGUACUGUGUGGCUUGCAACAUCUCCCCCCUUCCCAGAUGUUGACAUGCACUCAAUGACUGAGAAAAUUGUGCUGGAAUGUAAUGAAGGAUCAGUCACAUUUUUUUACUCUGUUCUGAGUUUUCUGGGCUUUCUUGCCAUCAUCAGCUUCACUGUGGCUUUUUUAGCCAGGAAGUUACCCAACAGUUUCAACGAAGCCAAAUUCAUCACCUUUAGCAUGUUGGUCUUUUGUAGUGUUUGGGUGUCCUUUGUUCCGACCUACUUGAGCAUCAAGGGAAAAUCAAUGGUGGCUGUGGAAAUCUUCUCCAUCUUAACCUCCAGUGCUGGGCUACUGGUUUGCAUCUUUUCCCCAAAAUGCUACAUUAUUUUAGUAAGACCUGAACUGAAUAUAAGAGGAUACUUAAUAAAAACAAAAAAAUAA